AUAGGCUACUUUUUUUUCAUUUUUUUUAUUUUAUUUUUUUGGUUUCAUGUGUGUUUUACUGUUUCCGAAGCGAAGCGAGGGCGGGUCGCUAGUAGGUAAUAAAAAAAAAGUAGUGAAAUUUCUCUCCAAAAGCGUACCUGAACCCUGUUUCUAAAAUGGCUCAUAAAAUCACUUCAACAACAAAACCGUAAUACAUAAUAACUUACUUAUUUUGUAAACAAUGUUUUAAGCGAUAACAUUGUCAUAGAUUGUCAACAAAAGCUUGCAAUAAGCAAAGUUACAUUCGACAUUACAUUAAACGUUUCCUUUGAAUUACCUGAAUAAUAAUUUAAUUGUAAUUAUUGUUAGAAAUGUUCAGUAUUAUUUUAUUUUUAAUUGUUUUAGAUGAUGCCCAUAGUGUCAUUUCUCAAUGCACAAUGACUGAAGUGAAAAGUUUACUCGAAGGUUGUGACAGAUUGACAGGAUUAAACAUUACUAGUGUUGGGGGUACAAUUGUAAAUGAUCAUAACUGUGAUGUUUUACUACCUGCGCAGGUAUUUUUGGAUGAACCAUUAUUUCAGUACUUCAUGGCUGAUUCGAAAAAGUUUUACACGAUUAUACUGGUGGAUCCCGAUUCGCCGCCACAAGUAGACGGUGAAUUUUAUUUGCAUAUGCUAAAAUCGAAUAUUCCUGGUCUCGCAUUGAAAACAAAGGAAAGUAGCAAAACUAUUGGAAUCGAUUACAGAGGAUACAAGCCGCCUACUCCAUCUCGCGGCAUAGAUACGCACCGCUACAUUACUCUCCUUUAUGAGCAAGCAGACGGAAAUAAUUUUCUACCGACUGUACCGAGCUCACGAAAUCGUUUUUCGUUAGCUAAGUGGCUUUUGGGAAAGAACCUUUGCGGCCCGGUCGCUGGAACUCAAUUUCGAUUGCAAUUCUAGAUGGCGCUAGUUGUACGAAGUUUCAAUAAGGAUUGUAGAAAUAUUAAUAAUUUAAUUACACGUAGUACCUAUCUUUUA